AUGAAUAGCACCAGUGCAGGUAGUAAUAAUGAUCAACAUCCCCACCCUACCCAAGACUUAGACCUCACCAACCAAGAAGAUAAAACAACUACUGCUUCUCUCACCACACAAACCAGCAGUGAAGAGAAUAGUUCAAGUAGGAACAAGAAAGGUAGUAAAGGCAAAGGAGGACCUGAUAACAACAAAUUCAGGUAUCGAGGAGUUAGACAACGCAGCUGGGGCAAGUGGGUCGCUGAGAUCCGUGAGCCCCGUAAACGGACUCGCCGUUGGCUCGGUACUUUCGCCACUGCUGAAGAUGCUGCUCGAGCUUAUGACCGUGCCGCUAUUAUACUCUACGGUUCAAAGGCUCAGCUCAAUCUUCAACCUUCAGGUGCAAACGCUACUAGUUCAUCAUCAAAUUCUUCUAAACGCGGCUCUGCCACUUUAUCUUCUACUACACAAACUCUUCGUCCUUUACUUCCUAGACCUCCUUCUGGAUUUGAUUUGUCUUUCUCUUCUUCUUCUUCUACGCUGCUACCUCCAAACGUAUUGGCUCCUGCUAAUAAUUACAUACCCUAUGGAUUUUAUCCUGCCGUGCAAUAUGCUGAAGACAUCUCACAAAAUCCUCAACACUCAAUUCAGAAGCAAACUUUUGAUGAUAAUUAUGGAUUUCUCGACGUGGCGGCAGUGGUGUCUCCGAUUUUCUGGCCACCUAUUGCUGAUGAUAAUUAUAAUUACCACCCAGCUGAUAUUUGGGAUUAUGGAAAUGAUCCAUUCUUGUUUGAUUUUUGA